AUGUUUUAUUUCAGUAUUGUUCGACAAUGCAAAAACGAUUGUACAAUCAAAGGGGUACAGAUUCCAGCAGGCGCUGUGAUUCACAUUCCAAUCCAAUGUUUACACGACGAUCCCAAACUUUGGCUAAAUCCUGAAACGUUUGACCCAGAAAGAUUCAACAAGGAAAACAAAAGCAAGCAUAUUCCAUAUUCCUAUCUCCCCUUUGGUGCCGGCCCACGAAUCUGUUCCGGGAUAAGAUUAGCUCAGCUUGAAUUUAAGAUGGCUGUUGUAGAAAUGAUUCGUCAUUUCCGGUUUGUUCCUUGUGAAAAGACCGAAGCGCUCGUAUAUCUAUCUAUCUAUCUAUCUAUCUAUCUAUCUAUCUAUCUAUCUAUCUAUCUAUCUACUCAGUUUUCAUAUCUAUCUAUCUAUCUAUCUAUCUAUCUAUCUAUCUAUCUGUUUCCGUUCAUAUCUACUCAGUCUCUUCAUAUCUAUCUAUCUAUCUAUCUAUCUAUCUAUCUAUCUAUCUAUCUAUCUAUCUAUUACUGA